UUCAUAUUUAAGGACAAGCAAGGCUUUAGGAACAUUAGUUGCCAGCUAGGGUGAGAGAAAAUGAUGCCAGAUAUGCGAAACAAAAGGAAGAGGACAGAAAAUAGACUGGAAAGAAGUGGAAGAACCUGUUUCCCCAGGUCAAAAGAGAGAUGGCAAAGGGCUAGCAAACACAACAAGAGUUUGACAGGUCAAGACAGAAUAAGGAGGGAAAUAACUUCUACAGAGGGAGAGAAAUAAAUCCAUUAAACUGGUGUAACAACAUUACAAUAGACUCCCUGGAUGAGGAAAAAGGGGAGAGGGGGAGGAAAUGGAGUGAGAAAUGGUGGGAGAGAAAGAUGGAUGUAGUGCAGGUGAAGAGGGCGGGGUUGAGACAACACUGAAUGUGUGACUUAGACAAACACAACCACACAACACAGUAAUCCCUGGAGCCUGACAAACCCCCUGAGAGGAGAGAGAAUGGGAGAGAAACCACAACACUAACCCUGGACUACACACACUGACACACAACAUGGAAAAUGUAUGAAAUGUGUUGGUUUCUGUGACGGAAAGGUCAAAGGAUUACAUCACUGGAUUGUUAAGGUUUCUUUCUCUGAGGCACACACACACACACAGGGAGAGAGGUAAGAUGACCACUGUGUGUUUACUUUGUCUGUGAUUGUUUAUAAUGAUUUCUCUGAACUAGAUAUUGGUUCCAUUACUGUAUAUUCGCGAUAGAGAUUGUUUGUGUUCCUCUGCUGAGUGUGUUUUACCGGUUUGUCAAUGGGUGUGUGUCAUUGUGCUUUACCUGGUUGGAAAAAAAUGCAGCUGGACAAGUUAAAUCAUCACUGCACUGACACAAACAGGUGAUUAGGGACAUUUAUUUUCCUUGUGUAACUGGGAGACACAUUUUUGUAGUUGGCCUAUAGUAAAACGGUAGUAGUGUGUUAAUGGCAAACCAGGCAGAAACACCAGAUGCUGUGCCACAUAGGUGUACAGAUGUGCAUUGGUGCUGCAAUGUGAUGCUUCAUACCAGGAUGUGCCCUUUUGUUGUGAAGCUUGGGCAUAUCAUUUUGCAUUCACAGCUACAAUGAGCUGUGUAUGUGAGAGUGAAACGGGGAGGGGAAGUUGAGAGAAGGGAAUAGAAAGACUUGACAGGACAAAGAGAGAGAAUUGGUUUCCUUAAAGUUAUAGUACAAUUUUUGAAUAAAUUGGAGGUGAGUGUGUGUGUGUCUAUGAUAAUCACAAGUUGUAUUAGUGUCUAAGCACGCCUCAGAUUGUGAGAAUCUCUGAGGUUCCUGCUAGCCUUGUCUCAGUUCACUCUAAACCCAGACAUCUGCUUAUACUGAUUAGGAUAUGAUUGGAUAAGGUCUGCGCUGAGGUGAAUCUUGAUGAGCUCAAAGAGAUGAGAGUAAUGAUAUGAUAUAUCUACCAUGGUCAUUAUACAAUUCAUUCUCCCACAACAACUGCACCACGGGCGACCAGUGUGGCAGCCCACUGCUUCAGCCUGUAUAUGUAUGUAAUAAUAAGAAUUUGGGGUGUGCUUAUAUUUGUACUUUUACACAAGUGUGUAAUGGAAAUGUGUUUCUUCAUAUCCCAACUACCCCUGAGACACUCGUGGGGCGUGGGGUCACGGUCACCAUUGAACAGGGCUCCUGGUGCAAUUAGGGUUAAGUGCCUUGGUCAAGGGCACAGUGACAGAUGUUUUGCCUUGUUGGCUCCAGUAUUCAGAACAGUAACUGAAAGAUCACUGGUUCGAAUCCUGGAGCCGACAAGGUGAAACAUCUGUCUCGUUUGUCUUUUGGAGGAGGUGUUGGGAUAAAACAGAAGUCCAAUUUCAGUCUUAAUUCACAUCACAGGAUCUGAUCUAGUUAGUCCACUAUAAGCAGAGGAUCUGAAACUCACUAUUACUGGUCAUCAUGUGAGGAUGAUGUUGUUCAUCAUUCAUGUAAUUCAUACGUUCUUGUGUUUUAAUGUUUAAGCAGGUUAUGUGUGUAAGUGUGACCUUUCAUCAUGGGGAAAAAAGAAACAGAGGAUGUGAAUAUUCUUCUCCCAGGCACUGAGCCGUCUGCCAUUGAAACCUUGUUUUAAACCUGAUUGAACCAGCGAUUCGUACAGGAUUUCAGAAGCAACAUGACUCGGUUGAAAUGUGAAAGUUCAAGACAAAGUAAAUGUGGGACAUCUCAGCACAGUUCCUCUGGGAAGAAUGUCUUCAAUGUCAGAAGCAGACUCCCACUGUAAACCAGGAGACACCAUCUGCAAUAUCCGUGUGUACGAGCAAGAAGUGAUCAUCGUGCCCAUCCUCCUAUUGGCUAGCUUCCUGGUCAUGCUGGUCUUCAUCAUCCUGCUACGGUACUGUCCUGAGAAGGUGGACCGCAUCCGACCACAGAACACUGUGGCCACGUCCAGAUCACAGCGCUCCAGAAGACAACUGCACGGCAUUGAUGCUCCCCUGGGUAUCAACCCCCUGGAACAUGAGACUAUUGCUCUCGAUGCCCCCUCCUACUCUACCUUCUCCCCAACUCACUCCCACCCCUCCUCAAACUGUCUCUCCUUCUCUGUGAGGACUCCCUCUCUCCCCCCUAUCCCCCCACCCAAGACCUUCAUCCCAUCCUCCCUGUCCAGCCCCCUGCCCCAGUUGUUGACACCUUCCUUCACCCCUAUGGUCCAGCCCAGGGAGCUGCCUCGCCAGAGGCUGCCAGAGUCCUUCAACCUAGUGGCCUCGCUGCCCGCAGCCUUCUCCCUGCGCUCUGACAAGGUUGUCUCCCUCUACAGGGCCCGCAUGGACAACAGGAACGCUGUGCUCCGAGUGCUCAACGACUCUGCGAGUGCCACAGAGAGGCACAACUUCCUGGGCUUUGCUUCCUUCUUGUCUCAGUUGGGGCCACACCCCUUCCUACCGGAGCUCCUGGGCGUGGUCUCUCUGCGUGUACCCCUAGUUACCGUUGUUGAGGAGCUAGAGAACAGAGAUCUGCUCAGCUUCCUGUGGCGGUGCAGACAGGAUGGUGUGGGCGGGGACCCUCUAUGUGAGAUCACAGAGAGACGUAUAUUUACCAUGGCCAAACAGGUAGCCUCUGCUCUGGAGUUCCUCCACAGCCGAGACCUUCUUCAUGGCAACGUCCGUGCUCACAGCGUAUUGGUCAGCCGGGAGCUGACGGCCAAGCUGUGGGGACUGGGCGGGGUCUACACCAGGAAUACCCAGGGAGCUACUCAGACUGAAGUUCCCGGCUUGAAGAAAUGGCAGGCCCCUGAGCUAUUGGCUAGGAGGCCUGCCAAUCAUAGCAGUGACGUCUGGUCGUUUGGCAUCUUGUUGUUUGAAAUGGCGACCUUGGGUGAUGCUCCGUUUUCAGAUAUCUCCGUCAACGAGCUUCUACAGUUUCACCAGAGAGGGAAAACACUGAGAAAGCCAGCCAACUGCUCCAACUCACUGUACUCCAUCAUCAAGGCCUGCUGCCAAUGGAAGGAGCAGGAUCGCGCCACAUUGACCGAGGUCGACCGCAAGCUCCAAUCAGGAGAGAAGAGUGCCAACGACAAAGUCCUCAAGGUGCCUGAGCCAAUCAACAUCGAGCAGUACCUGCAAGAGGCUGGAUAUGGGGAGUCCAACAACUACACUGUUUUCUGAGUGGCGGAUGUGCCGGCCAACGACAACGGUGGAUGUUUAUAUAUGUAUGCCUCCAUUCAUUACAGAAAGAUAUUCACUUCCUUCUGCCCUUUUUCAGUCCCCUUCAUGGGGUACUGAAUGUCUUUGUACCAUAGACUUAAGAUAGGUAUACUUGAACAGAUACAUUCGUUGAGUCAACCUCAGUUUGUAGUUGAUUGUGUAUACCAGUAGAGGCUGCUGAGGGGAGGACGGCUCAUAAUAAUGGCCAGAAUGGAGGUAAUGGAAUGGUAUCAAUUUUAUGUGUUGGAUACCAUUCCAUUCACUCAAUUCCAGCUGUUUCACUCCGUUCCAGUCAUUAUUAUGAGACGUCCUCCCCUCAGCAGGCUCCACUGAUGUACACUACCGUUCAAAAGUUUGGGGUCACUUAAACAUUUCCUUGUUUUCCAUGAAAACAUACAUGAAAUUAGUUGCAAAAUGAAUAGGAAAUAUAGUCAAGAUGUUGACAAGGUUAUAAAUAAUGAUUUUUAAUUUAAAUAAUAAUUGUGUCCUUCAAACUUUGCUUUCGUCAAAGAAUCAUCCAUUUGCAGCAAUUACAGCCUUGCAGACCUUUGGCAUUCUAGUUGUCAAUUUGUUGAGGUAAUCUGAAGAGAUUUCACUCCAUGCUUCCUGAAGCACCUCCCACAAGUUGGUUUGGCUUGAUGGGCACUUCUUACGUACCAUACGGUCAAGCUGCUCCUACAACAGCUCAAUAGGGUUGAGAUCCGGUGACUGUGCUGGCCACUCCAUUAUAGACAGAAUACCAGCUGACUGCUUCUUCCCUAAAAGGUUAUUGCAGAGUUUGGAGCUGAGCUUUGGAUCAUUGUCCUGUUGUAGGUGGAAAUUGGCUCCAUUUAAGCGUCAUCUACAGGGUAUGGCAUGGCGUUGCAAAAUGGACUGAUAGCCUUCCUUCUUCAAGAUUCCUUUUACCCUGUACACAUCUCCCACUUUACCACCACCAAAGAACCCCCAGACCAUCACAUUGCCUCCACAAUGCUUGACAGAUGGCGUCAAGCACUCCUCCAGCAUCUUUUCAUUUUUUCUGCGUCUCACGAAUGUUCUUCUUUGUGAUCCAAACACCUCAAACUUAGAAUCGUCUGUCACUUUUUUCCAAUCUUCCUCUGUCCAGUGUUCUUUUGCCCAUCUUAAUCUUUUAUUUUUAUUGGCCAGUCUGAGAUAUGGCUUUUUCUUUGCAACUCUGCCUAGAAGGCCAGCAUCCCGGAGUCGCCUCUUCACUGUUGACGUUGAGACUGGUGUUUUGCGGGCACUAUUUAAUGAAGCUGCCAGUUGAGGACUUGUGAGGCGACUGUUUCUCAAACUAGACAUUCUAAUGUAAUUGUUCCCUUGCUCAGUUGUGCACCGGGGCCUCCCACUCCUCUUUCUAUUCUGGUUAGGGCCAGUUUGCGCUGUUCUGUGAAGGGAGUAGUACCCAGCGUUGUACGAGAUCUUCAGUUUCUUGGCAAUUUCUCGCAUGGAGUAGCCUUAAUUUCUCAGAACAAGAAUAGACUGACGAGUUUCAGAAGAAAGUUAUUUGUUUCUGGCAAUUUUGAGCCUGUAAUCGAACCCACAAAUGCUGAUGCUCCAGAUACUCAACUAGUCUAAAGAAGGCCAGGUUUAUUGCUUCUUUAAUUAGUACAACAGUUUUCAGCUGUGCUAACAUAAUUGCAAAAGGGUUUUCUAAUGAUCAAUUAGCCUUUUAAAAUUAUAAACUUGGAUUAGCUAACACAACGUGCCAUUGGAACACAGGAGUGAUGGUUGCUGAUAAUGGGCCUCUGUACGCCUAUGUAGAUAUUCCAUAAAAAAUCUGCCGUUUCCAGCUACAAUAGUCAUUUACAACAUUAACAAUGUCUACACUGUAUUUCUGAUCAAUUUGAUGUUAUUUCAAUGGACAAAAAACAAGGAAAUUUCUAAGUGACCCCAAACUUUUGAACGGUAGUGUAUUUAUUGUAUAUCAGGGAUGGGCAACUCCGGUCCUCAGGGGCCUGAUUGGUGCCACACUUGUGCCCUAGCCCCAGCUAAUAUACCUGACUCCAAUAAUCAACUAAUCAACUAAUCAUGAUUUUCAGUUUAGGAUGCAUUUAAUUUAAUCACCUGCGUUUGCUAAGUCCUUAAGCCCACUUAAGUCCACUUUUCCCCAUCCCUGCUGUUUAUGAAGGUUUACAAAUCUUGUCUUCAAAAUGAUUGUGUAAUAGGAGUAAUAAUAUAUGACUAGAAAUCAUUAUUUUUGUUGUGAUUUGAGGGACUGAAAGAACAUAUGGGUGGAGACACCAGGCUUCAUAAGAGAUUUAUAAGGGGUUUAUAAGUUGUUUUGCUACACUUCAUUUAUCAUUUUAAGUCCAAAACAGUAUGUAGCAACUAAUGAUUCUAGCUUUAAAUACGUCUGUCUCAUAAGUAGGGCCAGAGUUGAAUUCUCCUGCGGAAAAACUCAGGACCCUGGUUGCGCCUCAAGUUUGUUCUGGUCAGGUCAUGUGAUCAUGAAACCUCCCGGAAGAGGAAGCGAAAUCUGUCACUCCUUUUUUCUGGUUCAUAAACAGUUAAUGAAAUUAAGCAGACCAGACCCAGCUGCUAAAUCCAUGGAGACCGGAACUGUAAAAAUGUUUGUUCUAUGGUAAAUGAUCUGAGUGGGACAUUUGGUACAAGCUAUAUGGAAGGUCAGAGUUCAGUGGUUGAUGUUCUACUGUAAAUAAGCACAAACUGAACUCACAUUAUUUGCACACUCUCCACAAUGUGAAUCAAUGUAGAAGUUUACCAAUGUCAAUUAAAACCUUUCACACUGA